UUUAAUAUCAAAUAUUGAAAUAGAGUUCAACAUAAUUUUGCUUGCAAAAUUCAAGAAAAGAGCUUUCAGAAGUUUAACAAAGAACAAAACUGGCAAUAAAACUGAUGCUAAAGCUACAUUUUAGAUUUAAGUCGAACGGAAAAAUCACAGUCAUUAUCUCUAAGUACGACUUAGAGCACAAAAUCUCCGGUUAUUGUUUCUUCAGUUCCAGUUUAUUUAUCAGAAGUACAACAAUGAAUAUUCUGGGCUGCUUGCUUAGUCUGCAAAACGAUGACUUUGUGAUGCUUGCUGCCGAUACGUCAAUGGAAAAUGUACUAGUGCAUAUACUAAGCGACGUUGUCAAAAAAAUCAAAGUUGGUGAAAAAGUCGGAAUCGCUGGUAUAGGAAUUGCAGCUGACCGAGCGAGUUUUUUGCGAGACCUGGCAAUCGAAUUCGAGUUUUUCAAAGUGAGAAACCAUCGAGAACUUCAAUUAGAAUCGGCUGUUCAUUUCGUUAAUAAGCAACUGAUUAAAGCAUCAACCGAUAAUUUUUGAUUGGAAAUAAAAGCAUUUAAAUAUAAUCAAAAAAAAUAUGUAUACCCAAAAGUAAGGGUCGAUAUUU